AUGCGGCAAGAAUCCCAGAACGGUCUGAAGAUCAGACCACCGGGCGACCACGGUGUGCAUCGCGGUGGGGUCAUGCUCGAGGAAGAGAUGGCUGGCGCCCAGGAUACCAUAUAUCUGUGCAACUUCCGGGUGUCCGUCGACGGCGAGUGGCUCUGUCUGAAAGAGCUUCAGGACGUCGAGUUCUCGUUGCACGACUCGUUGCAGCGCUCGCCCUCGCCGCCGCUCGCUCUCAGUGGUAUUAACCAUCAUCAUCAUCAUCAUCAUCACCAUCGACACGUUGGUCAUAGCGAUCAUCAUCGCCAGCAACAGCUUCCCGAUCAGCGCGAUCUCAUGCCGCCAACUCCACCGCCAUUGCAGCACGUUUCCAGCUUGUCACGAGAUCCAGUCAUCAUCGAGAGGAGUAACCUCGUGAAUAUAUCGAAACUGAUCGUGAAGGAGCUGAUCGAAACUUCCUUGAAAUAUGGUCGAAUGCUCGACUCUGAUCACAUGCCGUUGCAACACUUCUUCAUCGUUCUCGAGCACGUGCUCAGGCAUGGUUUACGACCGAAGAAGGGUCUCCUUGGGCCCAAGAAGGAGCUCUGGGAUAUACUACAGCUCGUUGAGAAAUAUUGUUCCGAGGCGCAGGACAUCACGUCCAGUAUUCGCGAUCUCCCUACUGUUAGGACUGCGAUGGGUAGGGCGAGGGCAUGGUUGCGUAUGGCGUUGAUGCAAAAGAAGCUCGCCGAUUACUUGAAAGUGCUGAUCGAUCACAAGGAAGACAUACUGUCCGAGUAUUUUGAGCCCGACGCUUUAAUGAUGAGCGAGGAAGCAAUCGUGAUAAUGGGUCUGUUGGUCGGACUGAACGUAAUCGAUUGUAAUUUUUGCGUAAAGGAGGAAGACCUUGAUUGUCAACAAGGCGUGAUCGAUUUCUCAUUGUAUCUUCGGAACAGCAAUCACAUACCUGGCGAGUCUCCCGACGACGAGCUCGAGAACGACAACAUGACCACUGUACUCGACCAGAAGAAUUAUAUCGAAGAAUUGAAUCGACAUCUAAAUGCGACCGUGACGAACCUUCAAGCUAAAGUGGAAUCCUUGACGACGACGAACGCUCUUAUGAAGGAGGACCUCGCCAUUGCUAAAAAUAACAUACUGUCGCUUCACGAGGAGAACAGGCAGUUGAAGAAGGAACUGGGAAUCGAAGUUAAGGACACGAACGAGAACGGAAAAGCACCGAUCAAGAUCACUGAAACCACGGCGGAGAUCGAGGAAUUGAGAAGUAGACUAGAGGUCGAGAAGAAAGUGCGACAGGACGUCGAGAAGGAAUUAGAAUUACAGAUUAGUAUGAAGUCGGAAAUGGCAGUGGCCAUGAAGCUGUUGGAGAAAGACAUUCACGAGAAACAGGACACGAUCAUAUCGUUGCGGCGACAGCUCGAUGAAAUCAAGCUGAUUAACUUGGAAAUGUACAAAAAGCUACAGGAGUGCGAAGGCUCGCUUAAGCAUAGAACAGAACUGAUCACUAAAUUGGAGGCUAAGACGCUAUCGAUGACUGAGAGCAUCCAAAAAAUGGAUGAGAAGUUCAAGGAAAUGGACGGCGCGAGAUCGGGCGCGGAGGAGAGGAUGAGGAUUUUGGGAGCCGAAGUCGCCGAGAGGGAGGCGAAGGCGAAUGGGGUCGAGAGGGAAUUGCGAGUUGAACGCGAAUGGAGAACCUCUUUGCAGGAAGCAUCGAUCUCUAACACGGAGAAGAUCUCUCAAUUACAUCAGGAGAUCGAUCAGUUGAGGCGGGUGUCCGAGAAAUAUCUGGCGCUGCAGGAGGAGCAUUACGCGUUGAAGGAGAUCUGCGCGGAACAGGAACGAACUCUGGAGGAACUCGGGGGACAAUUGAGCGCGGCCAAAUUGGCGGCCGUCGAAUUACGCGAGGCCGCUGACAACGCUCAACAGAACCAGCAGCAGCAGCAGCAGCAGCAAGAGGGUGCGCCGACCUGGGCGAACGAUCGACUAGCCACCCGUUGCAAGAGUUGCAGCCGUGAGUUCAACAUCACUCGUCGCAAGCAUCACUGUCGAAAUUGCGGCGAGAUCUUCUGCAACGCGUGCAGCGAUAACAGCACGGCGCUGCCGAACUCGACGAAACCCGUCCGCGUGUGCGACGAGUGUUACGUGUUCUUGGUCGGCCGAUACUCGAGCACGCGUUAACGUUAGCGCGUGCUUAGGUAAGUGAGUGCCGCGUCUCCCUCGGCGAACGCGUUUCGUUUCACGCGGGAACGUUCUCAGAAAGGAAAUAACACGGAAGGAAAGGAUCUGGCCCCGCACACGUACACGACGUCCACGACGAACCCCGCUUUUAUUCGGGACCUUAUUCGAGCUCGUUCAUUUUCAAUUCGAUGCACGCGAUUGUCCGAAAAGCUGACGACCUCGCCUCGCGUCCAGUUUCCUUUUCAUCGCGUCGUAUCAUCGCGCGACGUUUUACAACACCUGAACCAAGCCAUUUUUGUACGCGGCCAAAUCGAGUCUCGGAAUAAUUUUCGGAUUAGGAGCGGUGCAAAAAAUAUUUGUGAAUUCUUCUUCAUUUUAAUAUUAAAUUUAUAUACAUAUGUACAACGUGUAAUGCACGUGGACAGGACGAUUUCGACAAGAUUUUAUAGAAAUUGUAUGCUAUAUUCAUUUUCAAAAAGUUCAUAAUAAGUUAAUUAAAAGCUACGAAUUCUAAGCCACUGCGAAAUGAUUUAUAUAGAUAAGUCACCGAACGUGAUAGGUGUCGAAUGAAAAACAUUAAUUAUUUAACACAGUUGAACUAUUCUUAUUUUAGUUUGAAGAUAAAAUUGAUGAAAUUCGGUCUAAAAAUUUCUAUUUUAUUCAUGGACGUGGGUAUCCGCAAAUACUUUUUGUAUCCACUCGGCUGAAAAUAGUCCCUAUUUUCGUUAAAAGCACAACCUGAAAAAAAUAACUGAUUAACAAUCAAAACACACGUCGAUGUAUACACACGUAUUUUGUAUAAUUAUGUAUGUCUCUCUGUUUUUCGUAAAGUUUUAGAUAUGGUUAGCUCCUUUUGCGAUGGAUUGUUAUAUUAAGAAAGAGAAAGACGCUUGACGAAUGUUAACGAGUAUUUUAUAUUCAAAUUAUUAUACGCGGAUCCGCCCUUGGGUCGUCGCGUUGUGAAAGGUAUUUACGAAACGCGUGCCUGUACGAUGAUAUUUUUCAAAUGUUCUGUAGCAUCGCGGAGAGAUUUUAUGCGAAUAAAAGGCUGGUUUUAUA